AUCGGGUGCUGAUGGAAAUCUCACGCUUGCCUGUCUUCAAAACUUGAGAGCCCUGAUACAUAUAUAUAUAUAAAUAUGUAUAUAAAUGUACACAUUUUAAAAACUUAAUUGAAUUAAUUAAAUUGAAACAAACUCCACGCGUAUAAAUACAGGAGCCCAACACAACGUGGGCUACGAGAGUCCCAGCGUGUUCGAUGCUGUUUGUUUGCAGCGGGCACCGACAGCCUGAAUCCUUCACAGCUGCCGAUUCUGAGAAGGAGGGAGUUUCGUUUCCGCGGAAUUCCCCUGCUUUGUUUCAGCGAGGUUACCAUGCAGGAAGUAGGGCGACAACACGCUGCGCAGCGGGACGCCUCAUGAACUGACAGGAGCCUUGCGAUUAACAUGGCAGCCGCCGUUUGUGCCUUCAUCUUGACGUUUACCACAAUACUCGGACCCUCAGUGGUAUCGGGAGUCCUCAGUACACCUACAAAUGUCCGCUUGACCUCCAAUAACAUGAAUCUGAUGCUAACCUGGGACUCAACUGAUCGUCCAGCCAGCAGCCAAGUCUACACAACUCAGUUCAAAUCCUCAGUCUCAGAUUACAAAGUGGGCUGUGUGAACAUCUCCAACCUUGAAUGUGACUUGAGCCAACUCAACGUCUCUAUAUUUGAGUACGGAAAGUAUACAGGCAGAGUGCGGUCACAGUCGGGGACAGAGAGCUCCACCUGGGAGGAAAGUAACCAAAUAACCUUGGACAAAGAUACCAUUAUCGGUUCUCCCAUUGUCUCUCUCUCCUCCAAUGGGGCUGCUAUCGAGGUCACCAUUAAAGAUCCGGUGUUCACAAUCUCUGCACUCAGAAAAGUUUACCACUCUGUCAACUAUAACAUCACCUACUGGGAGGAUGGCUGGAGGGAGAAGGCCAGAAGCAACAGCAACAUACAGCAAAACCGACUGGUUCUUAAUGACCUGGACCCCUGGACCAAGUACUGCGUCCAAGUCCAAAUCAUCACAGAGAGGAACCCCAACCUCAGCAAACCCAGUGCAGCGGUUUGUGAGAGCACCACAACCGAAGAAGAGGUUCCAUGGGUGGCAGCUGUUGGGACGUUUUGCAUCGUGGCAAUGGCAGUGGCUCUGGUAGUAGUUGCAGUGGUGUAUCGGAAACAUAUGUCUCACUUUCUCUGUCCAAAAGAUGCACUACCUCAGCACUUAAAAGAGUACCUGCUGGCACCCCCCAUCUCGUCCAUGUACCUAGCCAUGCGUAACUCUCAUCCACCUGACGAGAUUUACCAUCAGGUCAGCAUCAUCGCAGACGCAGGCCAACCACUGGAGGCAGCAAGGAGAACCUGCAGCAAACAGCCUGACGCCACAGAGAGCUCGAGAGAAAGACUGAAAAGCACAGGCGCAAUGAAGAAGAGACAAUCUACAGGCUGCAGUCCGUUGGGACUGUGAAGAGACUAUUAGCAGGGAUGACACUGUGAAACGGGGAAUAAUUGGUUCUUGCUUUACAUCAGAGAUUAAAUAAUUCCCCGGAGCAGGAGUUACUGUGAGGUGAUUAGACAUCAGAGCCUCAGAGAGGUGUAGAUUAUGGAUUCAUUUCCUUAACCGAGUGUAAUGUCGUAAUAUUGAUCGCAGUAUUACAACAUACUGUACUUUACAGAAGGAGCGUGGUGUGACACAUUGGAGCUAAAUACUAAAGUAUUUACACUGUCAUUGUGCUAUAAAAGCCACUAUCAAUCCUGUAUGAUUCUAAAUUAUCAAAGAAUGGAUGUGGACUUAAAACACAGCAUAAUCUGCCAUUCAAUGGUCCUCUCAUAUCAUAAAGCAUACAUAGUUUUAAUUAUAAAAUAACAUUUACUUCACUUGGUGUGUGUGUGUGACCAUGCUUGCUGCUGCAACCAACUUGUUCUGCCUGCAACUUUUAUCUCAACAUGAACACAGACAACUAUCUCAAGAGAAAGGAAGGAAUGUUCUUUCCCUUCCUAUCUUUUUCCUCUCACCCAGGACACCGACCUGUCCAUUUUUUUAUCCUCGUUGCUCUGUUUCUUGUUAAAAAUGUGUAUCUAUGUUGUGUAAUUGUCAAAUUAAUUUAUGUCUGAUCAGAUGAUCUUCAGUGAUUUAUAUCAAACCGUGUUGCUGCUGAAAUAUUGAAGAAUGAAAUAGUAAGUAACUAAGUAAUAGUAAGAACUACUAUUAAUUCUCUAAAAUAAUGUUUAAUUAAUACAGUUGUUAGGAUACGAGUGGUUUACUGAUCCCGCCAUACACUGCACACCCUUUCUCAAAAAGAUAAAGCAAGAGGACGUCAGAGCAAGUCCUGUCCUCCUGCAGGCUCGAUGGUGCACUUUGAGCUAAGACUCUUAGACUGAAAGGACAUCCAGCCAACUUGAGAAGCAAGAAAAUGAAGAAGGGCCUCCUUUACCUGGACCUCUAACAUAAUUGAAUUGAAACCUGCUCACCAGAUCUCUUCCUCUUCUCUUGCCUUGUGUUCCUAGCUCAUCGACUAUGGCCAUCAUGUGCCGUCUUAAUGUGCCAUGCAAUCCUACGAGGCACCAAUGUUUGUUCCAGCAACUAUAGAGAAAAGAAACUGGCAAAAAUGGAAUAAUGACCGCUGCAGCUAUGAGAUGAUUCAGCAUCUCGCUGAGAAAGAGGGAGAGAUGGAGACGAGGAUACCACAAAUGCUCGUCAUUAAAAAACAUAGCGGGUAAAGUAGGUAGAUAAUUACAGGCCCGUUGCUUUGGCAGCAUCCUGUCAAAAGUGCUAGAAAGAAUCAUGUUGGACAGAUUAAAUGAGUGUAUUCACUCCUCGGAUAACCAGUUUGGCUUCAAAGCCAAACAUGGCACUGACUUGUGUAUAUAUGCCUUAAAGGAAAUGGUUAACAAAUAUAGAGGUCAAAACUCAUCCAUUCUCAUGUGUUGUAUUAAUGCCUCUAAAGCUUUUGACCGUGUUAAUCAUGGAAAGCUGUUUGUAAAAUUUAGUCAAAGAGGUGUCCCCAAACAUAUUGUGACAGUUCUGGCUUACUGGUAUCAGGCACGUGCACAGAUAGACCCCUCGUGGUGCUCAAGCACCUGCCCUUAUGCCCUGGAUGAGAAAAGUGCCCCUUCUUGGAGCCCUUUUUUUUCCAUUCACCAGCAUUUAAGAAUUAAAGUUACUCUCUCCGUCAUCAACUCCCGUCAAAUGUGUGUUGAUAUCCGACAGGGAAUUUAUUUGAGUGCUUGUGAGAAUAUCACCCGACAUGCUCCGCGGCAAUCAUCAUUGUGCCUCUUUGUUUUAUGUGUUAUGUAUCUCUUUGUUUCGUCUGUUCCAGUCUUACAUGAUCAAUCUUGUAGAAAACGGACAACACGGCUCAGCUAAAAUAGUUUUAAUUUACAGUAAUGUAACAACUCAAGUGAUUCAAACUAUAGUUUCUCGUCUUCAUCACUCUCAAAAACACAUUUUCGCUGCUUCUGAAUUUCCUCUUGGCUGUUGAUGUCUAUCAAUAUCGCUCAUUUUGAAAAUGUGUGGGGUUGUGUGAUGUAUGCAAAAGCAAACAUUCUCUCACGCAGGUUUAGUGUGUGUACGGAUGGCGUGAAGAUGUCUCUGUUUAGAGCAUAGUGUACACCUCUCGACACUGCAUACGUGUGGUCUGAUUACAAAAAAGCUUACAGAGAAUUCAAGCAGCUCAUAAUGAUGCCAUGAAAAUAUUACUGAAGAGACCGAAAUGGAGUAGUGCUAGUGAAAUGUUUGUGGCUCCAAGAGUUAAUACUUUCCAAGUCGAUCAAAGAAAUCGUUUGUAUAAAUUUAUCUGCCGGUGAUGACUCCGAAAAUGAAAUAAUCAUGUUUUUUUCAACCAUAAAGUUUCGUUCUAUUACCAGUCCCAGCUGUGGAGACAUUGGUACAGCUGUCUAUUUAUAAAGCAUUCAUAGUUCGAUGUAUUUUACUUGUGAUUUUGUAUGUACUAUUUAAUGUUUUGUAUCUGGACCUUGAGUCUGAAAUUAAAGUGUGAUUGAUUGAUUGAUA